AUGGAACGCGAAGGCGACUGCCUCCCCUUCGCUGACGACGCGCCCAAGGAAGUCCUAUACCGGGAUUUCUCGCUGCUGAACCCCAAUACCGUGGCAGAGUGGUCCGCACUCCGUCGUGCAAGGCCUCCUUUCGCCUCCUUCGACCUCAGCCUCCUCUCCACUCUCCACACCGACGUCCUCCUUGAAAUUCUUGGCCACCUUCACCCACUGGAGCUCUUACAUGUGGCCCGCACGUGUAAGCCUCUCCGUGCACUCCUACUUUCCCCCGUCGCCGACUCUACAUGGCGCAAUUCAUUCUAUGUGGAGGCCAUUCCGGCGCUUCCGAAAUGUCCGGAGGGGUUCCAAGCGCGACGAUGGGCAAGACUGCUGUUUGGACCGCGUGUUUGCGAGCGAUGUGGACGUGGUGGUGUGGACGCGAAUUACACUCGGUGGCAGCGGCUCUGUACGUCAUGCAUUGACACUGCCCCGGACGAGCCGCUUUCCCGGCGCCAUUACCGCCCGAUGGUCUCCCCGCUACCCAAAGACCCCCAAGACUCUGAGAUGCGAUCCAGCCAACGGCGCCAGCUCAUCACAGCGAUGCUCGAGAAGGUCGUACAACAGCGCAUAGGUCUGGGGGAGAGGAUAGAGGCCGUGGCCAAAGGGUGUCAUGAAUGGGAAGAAGACAUGGAAAACCUACGGCUUUCGCAGGAGAACAGACAGUAUUCUCGGAUCGCACGGGCCGUCCCGAAACGACUGAUGAAGGAGGGAUUCUCCGAGAAGGACGUGUACAAUGUGGCGGUAUCAGAGAUCGUGUGGGCAUGUUUGGUUUUUGAGCGCAAGCCACGCUUGACAUCUACACUGUGGCACCUCGCCCGUCCGCAUAUCAUUCCGACGGUUCUAAGAGUCCAAGCAGAGCGGCUGGCGCUCGAGCGUCAUCGGCUGCUGGCCAACCGACUGAUGGUCAUCCAGUCGGCGAGCUUCCUUAUGCUGCGCACCGCUACUCCCAUACGGGCAGGUGUUACGAGGACCGUUCCCCCACCGUGCACCUUCGCAACUGCAUACCCGCCCCUCGUGGCGCUUCGCAACAACCCCUCGCAUGACGUGCUCAAGCGAGACGACUCGAGGCUACGUGAGAUUUUGGAGGACUCUGCCGCGGCGGAAUUCUCCAAGGCGCUCUGGGAGGACCUUCGUAAACGCCUGGCGCAACGCCUGCAGCCAAACUUAUCCGCAAGUCCAACGGGCGAAACGAAUAUAGAUGUCGCCACACUCGAGCUGAUCGGCAGCGUCUUCACCGUCGCGCAAAGCCGCGCCGAAGGGUUAUAUGAUGCCUCUGUCGUAGGAUGGGAGGAGACACAGGCGGCGCUGCAUUGGUGCCGUGGGACCCCGCAUCGCCCGUUCUACGCGCCUGACAACGAAGACCCAUAUGACGGGUAUAACCGGAUCAAAGUAUCGGUUAGGGGACGCGCGACGGCAGAGUAUCUUGCGGGGUUGGUGGGUUUUAACGAGCCGGCAAUAGUGGUCAUCAAGGAUAUGAAGCAGACGGCGCUCAACGAGCGGUUUGUGUGCGAAACAUGUCCGACAGCGAAGAAGCGGGUGGCGCUGACAUGGCGCGAAUGUAUUGACCACGACCUGACGCAACACUGCGACGCGGCUCCCGCCUGGCGCCAACUGAGCCCGCGCGCCGCGGCCGAUAUUAGGCGCCAGGAGCGGCCGGAGUCGUACGACCAGGCGUUAAUGUGGGCGUGCACGCUUUGCGACAUGUAUCCGCCGUGGCUGGGCCGACGGGAUGUUAUCUGGGAGCAUCUGGUGCAUGGCCCACACAACGUCGCCGAGCCUAUAGAGGGAGAGCAUCUCGUUCCUAUUGCGCUACCCGACCCGCCCAAGCGGCAGCGCGCCAAAAUUGUGGAGGGCGUGUAUGCCAAUACGCUUCGCUGCCGGCGCUGUGCGGAACAGUAUCCAGAUGUCGUGAAGCUGUGGUCGCGGAGGGCGAUUGUGCCGCAUGUCCAGGACCGACAUUUCAUGGAGAAGAAGGCGGUUGGGGAGGAGGAGUGGGAGGAGGUUGAGAUAUUUGUUUAG